AAUCUCACUCUGAAAACCUCUUCUCGAGAGUGGCAAGGUGGUUGACUGUCACUUAAAAGAAGAUUACAAACUGUUCUGAUUUUUUCACAGAUAUAUUCACGUGAAUACGAUCAGGCAAUUUCAUUUUAGGUAUUUUCAGUUAAUGUUUAAAAAACUACAAUGAAAUAAUCGGCAGUCUGUAUUUUCAGCAAAUAAUUCUUUUGAGUAGACUAUUUCGCGCCAAAAAUGAAAGGCACAACAUCAGAAAAGUUUCAAGGCUAUAAAUCAGAUGCCAAUGAGGCCAUUCGUUUUAAACUAGUUCGAACAGAAAAGGAUAUUGACAGUGAUGAUUAUUUUCAUCCCGAUAUGACCCACCAGCUCUUUGGAGAAAAAGAGACAAUUUUCGGAUAUAAGGAUCUCAAAAUUGAUAUAUUUUGUACAGCUGCCAAUCUCUACACUUACAUUCGGGUUAAAUACUCUGAAAAGAUUGAUCCAGCUAAAGCUGACGGAGUCGAGGCUGACAACGUGCUUAAGAUGCUGUCUCAAGAGUACACGGACGGUUUAAUAACGAACGUCGAUGAUUUUUCAAUGAAAUUGAUGAAGGAUGAAAAUUUUAAACCUUUUGGAAAGAAGAUACACUCUUACACUAGGUUGCAUGAGAGCAAGGAGAAGACGUUCUCAAUUUAUCAGUCUUCGAUAGAAGAUGAUGGAUUUCGGUCAUUUCAUUCAAGAAUGCAACCUUUUUUGCUCUUUUUCGUUGAUGCUGGAAGUUACAUCGAUACUGAUGAUGAAAAAUGGAAUUAUUACGUCUUAUACGAAGAGUAUAAGAGUGCUGAAGGGAAACUUUUAUAUGCUUUUGUUGGCUACAUGACAAUUUACAAUUAUUACGCUUAUCCAGAGCACAUACGGCCUCGUAUUAGCCAAGUUAUUGUCCUCCCACCUUAUCAAAGAAUGGGGCAUUGUGUUCAGCUGGUUGAGACGUUCUAUAAUUUAUCUUCUGGUGACAAAAUGAUCAAAGAUAUAACGGUUGAAGAUCCCUCGGAAAACUUUCAAAGGGUUAGAGAUUUUAUUGACGCCCGCAACUGCGAGAAACUUGAAUCUUACCAACCUUGCUUUUUAAAAGCUUGUUUUACUGAAGACAUGUACGAAGAGGCUAAUAAGAAAUUCAAACUAUGCAGAAGACAAGCUCGCAGGAUCUAUGAAAUUCUCCGUCUAGCUUGCACUGAUCGUGGAAAUAAAGAAGAAUAUAAAGCAUACAGAUUGGAUAUUAAAAAAAGGCUUUAUGCGCCCUAUCACAAAAGCGUCCGCGAUUUUGCAAAGCUUAAGAGGGCACUCUGUUACACUGAAUUUGCUAAUGCCUUGCAUAAUUCGACUAAUGACCAAAAAAAAGAGUACCUAUCCAAAGCUUACGAAGAGUUAGAGAUUGAAUAUUUGAAGGUUAUUAGCAGAUUAGUCAUUGGACAAUAA